AUGGAAGUACCAAAAGAAUGGACAUUAAAAAAUUCAUUACAUUCACUACUUAUUGCAGUAAUUCUUAUCUAUCUCAUUCGUUGGCUAUUAAGAAAAAAUAAAAAUUAUCCUCCCGGUCCUAUUGGAUUGCCAAUUGUUGGAUACUUACCGUUUUUAAGUAAAGAUGCUCAUGAAAAAUUAUGUAAACUACAGAAAAUAUACGGAGGAAUAUUCGGUUUCUAUUUAGGUAGUAAAUAUACGGUUGUUCUAAAUGGUUAUUCUUCUGUGAAAGAAGCUGGAUUCGGUGGUAAGUAUUGGAUAGAGCAACGUCGGUUCAUGUUACACGUAUUACGUGAUCUCGGAUUCGGCAAAAACAAAAUGGAGGGAUAUAUUACGGAAGAACUAUCACACUUUAUCAACGAGUUGAAAGCUUUAAACGGCAAACCUUGUAUACCGAAAGAAUUGACGAUUCCGAGUGUAUCCAAUGUAAUUUGUUCUUUGAUAUUCGGUAGAAGAUUAGAAUAUAAUUCACCGGAGAGGAAAUUGCUUGAUCAAAGCCUGAGUGACAUUUCGAAAGUUCUAACUCAAACGUCAAUCCAAGUGUAUAUGCCAUGGUUAAAACCCAUCGUAAUGUCAACGAACUUCUUUAAUUCCAAAAAGGGUUUCGAGGCAGCCAAGAAAAUAAGUACUUUUGAAGAAAUAGAAAUUGAUAAUCACGAAAAGACUUUGGAUGUUAAUAAUAUUCGAGAUUACAUCGAUGGAUACUUAAUCGAAUUGAAGAAAAGAAAAGAAGAUUCCAAGUCUUACUUUAACAGAAGUAUGAUGAAGCAAACUUUACAACUCCUGUUGGUUGCUGGGAGUAGAACAGUACACGAAACAUUAAAUUGGGCUUUUCUUAUUAUGGCUAAAUACCAAGAUGUUCAAAAACGCGUACAACAGGAAAUCGAUGACGUAAUUGGAAGAAUUCGACAACUAACAUGGGCCGAUCACGUAAAUCUUCCCUACACGCAAGCUGUAAUUUACGAAAUUCAACGAUGGAGAACACUUGUAGCACUUAAUUUGAUGAGACAUUGUAUAGAAGAAACUACAAUACAAGGACUAUCAAUCCCUAAAGGAAGUAUCGUGAUUGCUAAUAUAUGGUCUGUACAUAACGAUAAAGAUUACUGGAAGGAUCCCGAAAUAUUUCGUCCAGAAAGAUUUCUAGAUGCAACAGGAAAGAAAGUGAUUCGUCAUGAGUUAUAUAUACCUUUUUCAUUAGUUCCAUCUACAGCAGCAACAAUGAACCAUCAUAAUUAUUCAAAGAUGUACUUUAUGAAGAAUCGUCUAACUUUCAAAGGAAUCUUUAAACACUAG